UCACUUCACUUCUUCUUGAUUACACAGUCAUCAAUUAUAUGAGAGAGAGAACAAAAAUGUGUUGGGUUUUGUUUUGUGAUGAAGAAGAGAUAGAGUUAGGUAGGCAGCAAGCUCCUGGAUCAUGUCCCCACUGUGGAGGAAAAGUUCAGGCCAUGGAUGUUGAAACAAAAUGGAGUUUCUGCUUUUUGCCUGUUUCUUACAAAAUCAAAAGAAAGUAUUUUUGUUCUUUAUGUUCCAGGCGUUUGGAGUUAUACCAUUGAAUUCAUCAUCAGCAGAGCUUUGCCUAACCAUGAUUCUGUGCUUGCUUUCUUCUUCUUUGAAUUUGUUCUUUGUUUGAUGUUUUGAAGUUUUAGUUAAAUUUUCUUAUACCCAUUUCAACAAACUUUCUUGGGUUCUUGUUUAUAUUGAUUGAUUGUUUAUGCAAAAUUAUUUAAGUUUUGGAUCUGCUGAUGGAAGAAAUUAGAAGAGAAGGAUCUGAAAUGGGUUUUUUUUCUAUCUGAUUACCUUUGAAUACUUGCUUUAAUUAUCAUAAAGAUUGAGAUUUUCUCAAUACCAUUUUCUAUUUGAUUA